GUCAGCAUGGCGCCGUUACAGUUCAACGUAUCAAUAGAAGUUUGACGAAACUCCUCAUAUUAUUCUUCUAUUUCAGUUGACGAAGUAAAUUAUUAUUUAAUAUUCGCCAUCAAGAGGCAGUAACUGAAAAAUGUUCGUGGCGAAGAGUAUCGCAGCGGAUCAUAAAGAUCUCAUUCACGAUGUUUCUUAUGACUUCCAUGGUCGGAGGAUGGCGACCUGCUCCAGUGAUCAGAGUGUCAAGGUCUGGGAUAAAGGUGACAAUGGAGAAUGGCACUGCACUGCCAGCUGGAAGACCCACAGUGGUUCUGUGUGGAGAGUGACAUGGGCACACCCUGAGUUCGGCCAAGUGUUGGCAUCAUGUUCGUUUGAUCGCACUGCAGCUGUAUGGGAGGAGAUAGUUGGCGAUUCCAAUGACAAACAACGCGGUCAAAGUCACUGGAUCAAGAGAACCACACUGGUGGACAGUCGGACUUCAGUAACUGAUGUGAAGUUUGCACCCAAGCACAUGGGUCUGAUGCUGACCACCUGCUCUGCAGAUGGGGUGGUCCGCAUCUACGAGGCCCCUGAUGUGAUGAACCUCAGUCAGUGGUCUCUACAGCAUGAGAUCUCCUGCAAGCUCUCCUGCUCCUGCAUCUCCUGGAACCCGUCCAGUUCCCGAGCUCAUCCUCCAAUGAUAGCUGUGGGCAGUGAUGACAGUAACGUGACAUAUAGUGGCAAAGUACAAAUCUAUGAGUAUAAUGAAAAUACCAGGAAGUAUGCCAAAGCUGAGACACUGAUGACUGUGACGGAUCCAGUGCAUGACAUCGCCUUUGCUCCUAAUCUUGGGAGAUCUUUCCAUGUGUUGGCGAUAGCGACCAAAGACGUCCGCAUUUUCAAGCUAGUACCACUUAGGCGAGAGAGUGCCACCAACUCUGGUCCCACUAAGUUUGAGGUGCAGGUGAUGGCUCAGUUUGACGGUCACAACUCUCAGGUGUGGCGAGUGAGCUGGAACAUCACCAGCACUCUGCUGGCCUCCUCUGGAGAUGAUGGCUGCGUGCGACUCUGGAAAGCUAAUUACAUGGAUAACUGGAAGUGCACAGGGAUCCUAAGAGGAGAUGGGAGUCCAGUGAAUGGAUCUUCAGGACACACUUCUGCUCUGAGCGCUGUGGGCGCCUCUGGAGCGGCUCAGAUGGUUGUUGUGGCGGCUUCUGCUGGAAGAAAAAAAGCUCAGAUGAUGCCAGGCUAAUGGCAUUACGUGCUAAUUGGCUGCUUACUGUUUGCACAGGAUUGGACAGAGAACUCAUUGACCGCCCCUGCACUGUUACACCUGUACACUCUUCCAACUACUAAUCCAAAAGGAGUGUGUGAUGACGCCUGGAUCUGUUGUGUGACUGUUAGAGCAUCUGUGCCUGUUGUGUGUUCUGUUCAGUGGCACUUAAGUAAUGUUUGUGCUUUUUGGACAAAUUACACUACGCAUGAUUCACCUCAAUAUUUGACAUGCUUAUUAAAUUUGUGUUGUGAUAUAAUAUAUAUUUUUUUUUUUACUCAUUUGAACUUUAGGUUGUUGUUCAAAACUGAAAUGAAUCAAGAAAUCACCUCUAACUAAGAGAUGUUAUGAUAGGGCUGUUUUCUAGUGUCUCAUAAGACCAGUUUGUUGGUAGCAGUUUUUUUUUUUUUUUUCCCCGGUCUGCAGUCAGACAAUAUUUGCAAUUUUGUGGGGUGCUUGUGGAACAGCUUAAUGGGAACAAUUGCUCUGUGAACAGUAUAUGGGUUAAUAUCCCAAUUCACCUCCUAUAUUAACAUGCCACAUCUUUUCAGGAUGCUUUUGAGGUGAUCUGAACAUGGCAACACUUUUUUUUUAAUGUAUUUAUAAACAAAGCUUUUUUUUUUAAAGUUCCUACUUUGUACCUCCUGGUCAAUUUGACCCAGUUCUUAUAAAAACUUUAAAAUGAUAGAAAAGUUCAAAUUCCUAUUUAUAAAUAAAAUUCCGUCCAUAAUUGCAAGCAAACACAAAUGAAAACAAAAAGUUUUUAUUAAUAUUAAUUUGUUGUUUUACUGUUAAUUCAGU